GGUCCCGGUGAUGAGUUGGUCGGACUGUCGAUGAUGAGGUACCAGCAGACCCUAAAGGAGUACGCUUUCGAUUCGAGGCGUCACCUGACAGGAGAGCAAAAGUAUGAACUCAUUCUCGGCAUGAUCCGAGGCAUCUGCUCCCUUCAUCAAGUCGGUUUCGCGCACCGUGAUCUCUCCGAGGUCAACAUGAUGGUUUCGGAGAGGUCUGAGCAACUCCUCGAGGAUGGAAGCGUGAUGCCCGAGUUAGUUAUAAUAGACUUCGGGAAGGCCGAGUUCACAAGGCCUGCCGAUGUGUUGAAAUGGUCCGUUGGCGAAGUCGACAGAGAGAAGCUCGGUCUUCUGCCCAGGAUCAAGACGGUGCCCGACCAUGGAUACAAACUGUACCGAAAUGAUAAAGAACCCUUGCCCACCCCGAUCGACCCAUGCGCGGAGGACGUUUACGCGAUCGGAGUACUCGCAUGGCGAACUUUCUCCGGACUGGCUCCCUGGGACGGGGUUCUUGACACACAUCUCAAGAGAUUGCGUGAAAUUGUCGAGAACCCCGUCGAGAUUAGACGCUGCAUCGAGAAAGUCCGAGGAGAGAGAUCAAAGGAAUUGUUAUACAAGUGUAUCACCCGUCACUCGCAGGAUAGGGUCACUUCAAAGCAGCUUCAUGACUGGUAUGUCCAGCCUCAGGUGAAAUCGGAGUUAAUAAUGGAGUGGAGUGUAGCUGGUCGUAUCAGGAGGGAGGUGAAUAAGGAGUAA